AUGCCAUACCCAGAAGUUGCCGCCUUUGACUUGGAUUACACAGUGUGGCCCUGUUUCUGCGAUACCCACCUGAACCCGCCCUUCAAGCCUGUUACGGGCAAGAACGGUGAGGUCCAUACGUUGAUUGACUCCUACGGAUACGAGGUUGCGUUUUAUAAAGAUGUACCUCGGAUCUUGGCCGACCUGAAGUCACACGGGGUCAAGAUCGUGUCUGCUUCGAGGACCUGGGCCCCUGAUAUUGCUCGUGAUCUAUUGCGAGGCUUUAAAGUCGAAUACGAAGGCGAAAUUGUACCGCUGAUCACUUUGUUUGACUCGCUUCAGUGGGGAGAGAGAAGCAAGGUCAACCACAUUAGCCUUGGCAUCAAAGACAUAUUCGGAAAGAAAGCUGACAUUAAAGACUACAAGUGUUGUCUGUUUGAUGACGAAAGCAGGAACAGAGACGUUGAGAGAUACGGCGUUAAAUACGUAUACGUAAGGGAUCCCGAAAAAGGCACAACUUGGGAUCUCUACCAAAGAUAUCUAAGCGGUAAUUAA